AUGAGUGCUCAAAUAAAAUGUAGACCUACUAAACAGCAAAUGAAGUUGUUGGUUGACCUUUUGGCAGAAGACCCUCAACUUGUGGCUGGUAAAUUUUCAAGCACGUUUACACAAAAAAUAGCGAGUGCAAGAUGGGAAGCUAUAGCUUCCCAGCUUAAUGCGAUGCCGGGCGCUGAAAAAACAUGGUGCAAAUGGAAAAAGGCGUGGCAAGAUACCAAGUCUAUAGCAAAAAACAAGGCUUCAGCAAUUAAACGUCAUAGUAAUGGUACAGGAGGUGGGCCUCCCUUUAACAUAACCAUGUCGGAAGUCCAGCUUACUGCCAUUGCACACAUAAGAGAUGUUGCAGUAACUGGCCAUACAGACAGUUUUGAAUCUGCUGUAGAGAUCAUUUAUGAUCAUGAUACUUUUCAAUUAGGUAUAAUCAGUGCCGUGCCUAGCAAAAUCAGCGCCCGGUGCGAAGUAUCAUUUCUAGCGCCCCCACGGCCCACCCCCUCUACCAAAUAUUUUUAUAGUUAUAAAAAGACUAGGUACAUAACAUUAGAGGAGAGCCGGAUCAGAUUCGUCAGAGUUACCUUAUUUUUCACAUUAAACAUUUUUGUUGACAUGUACUAUGUACAAACACUUCUAAAGAUGAUAUAUAAACAGGGAGAGAGCCUUUUUUGA